GAAAUCCGGCCAAUUAGCGGCCUGGCUGAGAAUCACGUGUGAGGUGGGAAGUCGGCCCGCGAUUGGCUGGUGUAGCACUGCCUCCGGAGUUCAUUUAUGUUCUGGGAGUGAGUGAUUGACUUUAUCAGUCCAAGGACAUCAUCCGCCUGGAAAAGGGGGGAAGUUUGAUCCUCGUUCUCACGGAGCGCGCUCAACGGGAGUUUUGCAAAUUCCUCCCAACUCUCGAGAAGGAUUCUUCCCCGUUUUCGGGGUGCUCAUUUUUUUGGGGGGGGGUCGAUUUUUUUUCUGUACGGUGCGGCAAAUCUCGGCGCAGCGCUUGCAGCUUGCGCAAUCCGCUAAACUGGAUUUUAAAUUUAUUUCCUCUUAAGUUUUUUUUUUUUUGCCCCCUCACCCCUCCCACGUACAUGACUAUGCUUCUCGAUAGCGGUCCGCAGUUCGCGUCGCUAGGAGUGGGCGGCUUCGGAGCACCAAGGCACCACGACAUCGGCAACAGGGACGCGAGCCUGGGACUCAACCCGUUCAGCGAGUCCUCGCAUACGGCGGCGUUCAAAAUCAGCCCCGUGGGCCACGACAUCACCUCUGGUCAGACUUCAGCCUUCACUCCGCAAGCCGGCGGCUAUGCGGCGGCCCUGGGACACGCGCACGGCGGCCAGGUGGGCUCGUACGGCGGGGGGCCGUUCAACUCCACGCGGGACUUUCUCUUUCGGAACCGCAGCGUCGGGGAGUCGGCCGCGCCGAGCGCGCAGCACGGGCUGUUCGCAGCCUCCGCCGGGAGCCUCCACGGGCCGCCGGGGAUCGCGGAUAACCCGGGACAUCUGCUCUUCCCCGGACUCCACGAGCAGGGGGUGAGCCACUCGUCGCCGAGCGGUCACGUGGUCAACAGCCAGAUGCAUCUAGGCCUGCGCGGAGAUAUCUUCGGGCGAGCCGACCCGUACCGGCCGGUGGCCAGUCCGCGCGCAGACCCGUACGGCGCGGCGGCCGCGCAGCUGCACAACUACAACCACCCCAUCAACAUGAACAUGGGCAUGAAUGUACCCAGCCACCACGGGCCGGGGGCCUUCUUUCGCUACAUGCGGCAGCCUAUCAAGCAAGAACUGUCGUGCAAGUGGAUAGACGAGCACCAGAUGAACAGACCCAAAAAGACGUGCGACAGGACGUUUAGCACCAUGCACGAAAUGGUCACGCACGUUUCCAUGGAGCACGUCGGCGGGCCCGAGCAGAGCAACCACAUCUGCUUCUGGGAGGACUGCCCCCGGGAGGGAAAGUCUUUUAAGGCCAAGUACAAACUCGUCAACCACAUCCGAGUGCACACGGGCGAGAAGCCCUUCCCGUGCCCUUUCCCGGGCUGUGGGAAAAUAUUCGCCCGCUCGGAGAACUUGAAAAUCCACAAAAGAACGCACACGGGUGAGAAGCCGUUCAAGUGCGAAUUCGACGGCUGUGACCGCCGUUUCGCCAACAGCAGCGACCGGAAGAAGCACAUGCACGUGCACACGUCGGACAAGCCGUACAUCUGCAAAGUGUGCGACAAGUCCUACACGCACCCCAGCUCUCUCAGGAAACACAUGAAGGUUCACGAGUCCCAAGGGUCCGAGUCGUCCCCGGCAGCAAGUUCCGGAUAUGAGUCGUCCACACCCCCGGUUCUGGGCUCGGCCUCCAGCGAAGACCCGACAAAAACGCCCCCGUCAACCGUGCAAAACACAAACGGACACAGCGAAGGGUUGGCGCCGAACUUUAACGAAUGGUACGUUUGAAGGGGGAGAACAAGGAAGUGGCUGAACUUCGACGAGCGAGGAUGUGGAAUUUAAAACAACUAAGACUUUUCCUGACCACACACACGCACAGACACACGCACACACACACAAGCAUCCGCGAAGAAAACGGGACAAGCAGGAGCAAGCAAAUGGGCCAAGUCCGAGCUCAGGAUUACUCAAGUUGGACAUUUUUAUUCAGCGGUUUGGAGAGAUUCAAAUGAAAAUAAAUGGGAAAAGAGAAGACGUUCUCAGAUUACGUCAUGUUGUUGUUGUUGUUUUUUGUUUGUUUCCCUUUUUAGUUUAAAAAAAGGUUUCAGGAAAUGAUUUAUUUUUCAUUUUAUGUAUUUUCUCAAAAUUUUAUUUAAAAAUGAAAAGAAUAAAAAAGGGAGAAUUAUUUCACUCUGUUUUAUAUUAUUAAAAAAAAUAAGGGUGGCAGGCAGCAACUGUUGUGUCGCCCCUUCAAAUGAUUGUUGGAACUUCAGUCUUAAGAAAACGUGCCAAAGUCCUUUUUUGUCAUGAACUUGAACACAGUUAAAAAGGUAACAAAAGACAAAAAAAAAUCAUAAAUAAAUAUUAUACUCGUGAAUGUAUUUCCUUGUUUGAUGGGGUCGAAUCUGUUGUCAUCGUCCGUUUUUUGGGUGGAGAAAAACAAUGUGGUAUUAGGUUACGAUUGUUGCCGUUGAAUAUAAUAACGUUGCCUUUUGUUAAUAUGCCGUUGUAAAUACAUAUCCAUGAUGCCAUAUUUAUCAAUUUGUAAUUUAAUUAUGGGUAUACGUUCCGGGGUAGAAAAAUGAUAUUUAUGGAAAUGUUUUGUUUUUUCUAACAACUGUACAGUUUGGGCUCAGCUUCACUACAAUAACAAAAAGCUCCAACAUGGUGAUUGUAUCCUUUUGUCUUUUCCUUUCUUUUAUUUUGAAUUUUUUAACCAGUAGGCCUACACGUGUCUUAUUUGCAUCGAAUAAUAAAUAGUCUAUAUGGAUGGAUAUUAUGGAUUUGUCUAUAUAUGAUGCAAGAUAUUCCCCAUCACUUCUAUAUUUUCUUUAUGAGACCAUUGACAUGUACAUGUGACCUUGGAGGAGGGAGUUAAACUGGGAAGCUAUAAAACGCGUGUGUGGAUAUCUUUAUUUGGGAGGGGGGCGGGGAGGGGGGGUUGCCAAUUUUGAACUUUGCUUUUGUAUCUUUUACUUUUAUAGAAUCAGACAUAGACGUCAAAUCUGUAGCAUUAAAAAACGCCUAUUGCACUCUUUGUAUUACAGACGAGUGUAUGCCGAUUUCCAAAUCAAGGUGACAGAAUUUCUAAAUCGGGAUUCCCGACCCAAAUAAACUCGUCCAAUCAUGGUUUAUUCCUCCUUUCACGAAUAGUUCCAGCAGUGUCUUUGUGCAAGUACGUUGUUAAAUGUGUGCAUCGGCAACAUUGGAACUGUCACAAGAAAAAAUAAUAAUAAAACAAAAAAAAAACGUUUUUUUUUGUCUGUCAGCCUGAAUUGUUUUAAACGUAAAUUUUCCGUGGAUAACUAAGCGUAUUGUCUGUUGUUGUGUUUGCAUAUAGAGCAGUUUGAUGAUGCCCGUUUAAAAAAAUGUGUGAGUAACUUGUCAAAAUGGCAUUUUUUUGUGUUGAAAAAAAAUCUAGUGAAAGGAAUUUUAGAUCUAUGUGGGACUUUUUUUUGAGGGGUUUCAAAAAGAGUUACAGCAUUGCAUUGUAACCUAUUCUCAAGAAUUAAAUAUGCAGACACAAAGUAUAUUGUGAGAACAAUUUCAGACCACCAGCACUAACUUUGAAAAUAAAAUGUACAAAAAAAACGGUACCUCGUGACAGUGAUAUAUGAAAUACGUUUAUUUAAUUAAAUAAUUUAAGGAGAAUAUGUUUUAUAUGCUAUUUUCUAUACCUUAAUUUCAAACGCUAACUAGUUUUUCUUACGCCCGCCCUUCAUCCACAUAGCAAAAAAAGUACAAAUAGCGUCUGUAUGAAACAAAUAAACAAAAAAAAAAUACCCAGCGAGAAUGUGAUGUUGUAACACUUUCUUGAAGAUAUGGGUCACAUUCCGACGAGGAGGAGAAAAAAAAUGUUUUCGUCAAAUGUGUCACUGUGCCACACUGAGGCAAAGCAAAUGUUUUAAGAGCAGGCCCACGCCAAUGCCUUAGCCUGUAUUAAUACAAAAAUCGCUCCCUUGUUUUUAAAGGCCACUGUGUAUUGUUUUCUUGUAAGACAUCAAAUGUGAUUUUUUUGGGGACUGGAAUUAAAAGAAAACCUUCUGCAAA